AUGUCGACCACACGCAACACUGAUGCCGUCUCCAACCAAAUGCCCGGUGGUGGCAGCGGAGAAUUCCACUCCAAGAUCGAGCGCGAUGAGCCAUUGACCACUCACGGCCACAAGCCUGGCGUGUUGGUGGGCAACGACGCCGCACCCGAGUUCUCCGCCAAGACUCUUCCUCCAGGCUCUGCCCCGGCCGACCGGACGUUCAAGCCCAACAACGCCUCCGACAUCCCGCCCUCCCAGCAAUACCGCCCCGACUCAGAGAUUGAGGCCGAUGCUCCUCAGGCUUCUGCGUCGGACACUCUAGGAGGCGCGACGUCCGGCGAGGUCCACACAGGCAUCGGCAAGCCGAUCCAAGGCCAAUCAAGCAAGGAGCUGCACCACGAUGGCCAGUCAGGGAGGAAGGGUCAGUCAGGCGGCGGGCUGGAAGGGCUGGCAAGCGGAGUUGAAGGCAGCAAGACGGUGGAUGCGCACGACCCGCAGUUUGCUGGACAACGAGCGAUGGACAAGGAUGAAGCGGUUAUUGGUAGGGGGAAUGUUGGAGGAGCAGCGGCGCAGGAUCGGGAGCCUGAGAGCGCGACAACCGUGGCCACGGAGAACAAGCUGGGGAGGAACUAG